CAGUAGCUUUAAGCAAUCUACUUACUACAACACUAAGAUCAGAUAAUAGCCGGUUGAUUGUAUAGACCCUAUUGCUGCAAAUUGACGGGAUGGUUAUUAUCUCCUGGUAACUCACCGCCAAUUAAAAUUGCGGCUAUUCCAGUAUCGUGUUUACUCAAUAACUAGUAGCAAUAGAAUAACUUAUGGCUAUUUUGAGACAUAUUUUGACGACCUCCUAUGCCCAGGGUUGAGCGCUGCCUUCUUUGAAAAGAACGGUCACGGGUUCGAAAGACCCUCCUCUUUCGAAUAGACCCGCCAGAGGUCAAGAAACCGAUAAGAGAAACCGAUAAGGGGGUUUAAUAUAACUGCCAUACCAUCGAAAAAAUGUUGGAGACAGAAAUAAAAGACAACGAAAGUCCUAAAAUAGUGGACCCGCUAACGAAGGCUAUAGGGGAAAUCGGAAAAUGGCAAAUAUGGAUAUGCUUUGUGGUAUUCCUCGUUAAAUUUCCAGUCGCCUGGCAUCAAAUGAGUAUUAUCUUUCUAGCGCCUCCGAUGAAUUUCACUUGUUCAAAUAAUGAAACAUACGAUUCCAAAUGCCUAGCUAAUUGCACCGAAUACACAUAUGACCACAGCGUCUUCGGCGAAACUAUUAUUUCGCAGUGGAACCUCGUUUGCGAUAGGCAAUGGCUCAAAAAUUUUACUCAAACUAUUUUCAUGCUUGGAAUUCUAGUUGGCAAUAUGGUCUUCGGACACCUUUCUGACAGGUUUGGAAGAAGACUGCCUUUCUUGGCAGCAGUUUUCCUGCAACUAAUAGCAGGUGUCACAACAGCUUACUCUGUAAACUGGUACAUGUUCACAGCACUUCGGUUUAUACUGGCCAUAGCAACAGGAGGAACUAUGGUCACAAGCUUCGUCCUUACUAUGGAACUGAUCGGCACAAGAUAUAGAGAUACCGUUGGAAUUAUUUAUCAAAUUCCUUUUAAUAUUGGACAUUUAACGCUACCUCUAUUUGGUUACUACUUACGGGACUGGAACAUGUUACAACUAGCGAUUUCACUGCCAUCCAUCUUGUUUCUCAGCUAUUAUUAUCUAUUACCGGAAUCGCCAAGAUGGCUUUUAACUGCUGGAAGAAUUGAUGAUGCCUUGAAAAUUAUAAAAGUAGCAGCAAAAAGGAACGGUCGACCAACCGAAAAUAUAGAGUCAUCAGUGCAGAAGAUGGUGGUGGAAGUAACAAGCAAUCAGGAACGAGCAUCUCUUCUCGCGCUAUUCCGAACUCCACGACUGCGCACGCGAACUCUUGCAAUUUGCUAUAAUUGGUUCGUUUGUGGCUUCUGCUUCUUCGGAGUUUCGCAAUAUAUCGGCCAUGUGUCUGGGAACAUAUUUUCAAAUGUUGCUAUCUCUGCAGCUAUUUUGGUACCAGGCACGCUCAUAUCAAUUUACGCCAACCGGGUUUUAGGCAGGAAGAUAACUCUCAUAAGUUCUAACUGUGUCACCGGCCUCAGUUGUCUACUCAUCACGGUCGUCCCGAGCUCUACUGCAACUCAUUUGACACUCGGCUGUACUGGCUUAUGGGGCAUGAGCAUAUCAUUCGCUACCGUAUAUUUAUAUGCUGGAGAGUUGUUCCCGACUGUAGUGAGAAACUCUGGUGUGGGACUCUCGUCUACUGUUGCUAGAAUUGGAUCUAUGCUAGCACCUUUUGUUGCUACUUUGGCUCAUACAAGCGCUUGGUUACCACCACUAGCUUUUGGUAUCGUUCCAUUGAUUGGCUCCGGUCUUUGUAUUCUACUACCGGAUACACGUGGAAAGAAACUUCCAGACACAUUAGAGGAAGGGGAAGCGUGAAACGUUCUGACCAUAAGUUAUUAGAAACGGAAGUAUUUACCUACAUUUUUUAAAGAUAUGUUUGUCUAACAUAAUUUUACAUAUCACUGUGUAUUAAUUUAAGACUCGUAGAUUCUUGUUUGUAAAUGUUUAAUGGGAAUGUAAUUGAAUGAUCUAUAACCGAAAUUGUUCGAUCGCAUUUCUUUCUUAUUUGGCUGAAUCGCAAGUGAGAUAAGAUUUAGCCAUGAAUAAUAAAAAAAGUCAAAACCAUAUAUAUUUGUUUAAAAAUAUGAUCAACCAAAAACCGACCGAAUCGAACUUUAUCUAUUGAACUAUCCACUAACUCCGGGAAUGGGCCAACUCUGAAAAUUAUCUUCAGUCACAUUUAAAUCUAUUAUCUACCUUGUUACCCAUAACUGGAAACCGGCCUUCUCUCCAAAGGGAAAAAGAGUUUUUUGGCUUAGACCUACCAUGCUGUUCCAAUAUAGCACAGUCCUUACACUGUAAAAUACAGUAGGUUAGGGGCUGGAAGUAAAGGAGACGCUAUUAUUUCAAUGCAAUGUAAUAUCCAAAUUUUAAAAGGACAUUUUGAAUUUUUUUAUGCUAAAACGCCUAAUUAAAAUGACAUAUGCACAUA